AUGGAGGAAGAAGGGGGCGACACGGAUGUGGAUGAGGAACUGCAAAACGCGGCAGGGGGCGACACAGACGUAGAUGAGGAGGAAGAAGAAGACGAAGAAGACGAUCGACCCCCGUGUUGGUACGGCGCCAACUGCUACCGCAAGAACCCACAACACUUCAAAGAGUUCAAGCAUCCGGGCGUUGACGACAAGCCCAAGAAGGAGAAGAAAGUGAAGAAGGCAGCGACGACGAAGAAGGCCGCGGCCACCAAGAAAGCCGCCCCGCCGGCACCUUCGUCGGCUGUCGCGCCCGCGCCCGCCGCUCCGGCCCCCACGCCCACACCCAGCGCGCCCACGCCGUCCUCCGUCGCAUCAUCACCGACGACAACGUCCACCUCCUCCACCAGGGGCGGGGAUUCGUCGGGGAAGGAGGCCUACCGAUGCGUGGUGCAGGUCAUUCUGGCCAAGAACAAGAUCACCCCCGACGAAAAGCGCAUCCUACGCGGCUUCCGGCGCACGCAUAACGUGCCGGACAAGGACCACUUCGACAUCCUGCAGGAGUUCGGGUGGACCGAAGACGAGUACGACGAUGGUGAGAGGAAGGACGACGACAUCGAGGUGGACGAGGAGCGUGCGCUUUUGGAAAGCAGCGGCGGCUUCGGCUACAUCAAACUCUCCAAGUCGCGCAAGAUGACCGCGCAGCAGGAGGGCGUGUUCUCCAAGGUGGCCGCCCAGUUCUACCAGACCAUGGCCAAGGCCCAGGGCAACUACUCCAUCAAAGAGGUGUGGAUCGUGGUGAAUCGGGACCUGCAGGAGAAGUACCGGGCCAAGAAGAGCGAGCUGACGGCGGCGGGGAGCGACGUCAACGAGGUCCUGGCCUUCCACGGCACGUCGCGGCCCAGCAUCGAGGGGAUUGCCAAGACCGGCUUCCUGCCGCCCACCAAGCUGCCCAGCGAAAAGGACUCGAACAGCGGCGGCGGCGGCAAGAAGCCCGCCAAGGCCGCGGCGAGCUACAAGGUGGUGAAGAACAAGAAGAAGAAGAUCACGACGACGACGUCGAAGAGCAAGAGCAAGAAGAAGGUGGUGGUGUCGGAGGAGGAGGAGGAGCUCGACAUCACGGUGCUCGACGACGGGUUCUUCGGGAAGGGCAUCUACUUCUCCAUCUACUCCGACUAUGCCAUGUGGUACUCCGAGGAGCGACAGUCCGACCAGAUUCUCCUGUGCAAGGUGAUGAAGGGCAAGUCGUAUCGGUGCGACGGGCGGAUGGACGGAGCGGGCCGCAAGACCGGCUACGACUCGCACUGCUCGCCCAAGGGAAACGAAAUCAUCAUCUUCGAGCCGGACCAGGUCAUGCCGCGGUACGUGAUCUCGUUCGAGUCCAAGGAAGCGGAGGAGCGUGAGCAGGAGGGCUGA